GUGUGUGUGUGUGUGUGUAUGUGUGUGUGUGUGUGUGUGCGCGCGCGCGCGCGCGUUGAAACGCCUGUAACGUUAACUACAGUAGGCUACCCCUGCGGUCCGCUCUAGCUUUCUCCAGCGGAAAGCGGUCGAUGGAUUUCCAAAACCUUUGCAAUUUUGACACUUUUAAGCAAGUGUGGAGUCACUACGGUUAUCAUGAGGAAAACCUCCAAGAAGUGAUUAAGCGGGAGUUCACACGGAUUAAAGGAACAACAUAUCUGGAUCAUGCAGCAACUACUCUGUACCCAGAGUCUCUGGUCAGGGACUACUUUCAGGACCUUUCAAGAAACGUGUACGGAAACCCACACAGCCAUAACCCCAGCAGCAGAUUGACACAUGACACAGUGGAGAGGGUCAGAUACAGGGUAUUGCAGCAUUUUAACACCACCCCUGAGGAGUACUCUGUGAUUUUCACUGCUGGUUGUACAUCCGCACUCAAAUUAGUGGCUGAGAGCUUUCCCUGGAGGCCACAGACUGAGAGCAAAGCGGGGAGUCAUUUCUGCUACCUCACUGACAGCCAUACCUCUGUAGUUGGCAUGAGAGGACUGACUUCUGGCCUGGGGGUAGUUGCCUUGCCUGUCUCCCCACGGGAAGUGGAAAACAAAGCAAAGGAUGGGGCUCAAGGUGAAGAUGUUAUUUGCCAGACGCCGCACCUGUUCUGCUACCCAGCACAGAGCAACUUCUCUGGGAGGAAGUAUCCCCUUAGCCAUGUGAAUGGCAUCCAGGCGAGACACCUUUACCCAGCAUGUGACCACCAAGGCCACUGGUUUGUGCUGCUUGAUGCAGCCUCUCAUGUCAGCUGUUCCCCUCUAAACCUACAGGAGUGCCCUGCUGAUUUCAUUCCUAUCUCAUUCUAUAAGAUGUUUGGCUUCCCCACAGGUCUGGGGGCCCUUCUUGUCCGUAACGACGCAGCAGGCAUGCUAAAAAAGACUUAUUUUGGAGGAGGCACAGCAGCAGCUUACCUUUCUGGAGAAGAUUAUUAUGUGCAGGCAGCAAACAUUUCUGACAGAUUUGAAGACGGGACUGUGUCUUUUUUGGACAUCAUUGCUGUAAAUCAUGGUUUUGACGCUCUUUACAGGAUCACAGGGGGCAUGCACAACAUUCAACAGCACACGUUUGGCUUGGCACGCUACACUUACAUGCUGCUGUCAAGUCUUUGCCAUGGCAACGGGCUACCAGCUGCUCAGAUAUACUCCGAAGGCCAGUUUGAGAGUCCAAUCACACAGGGCGCAAUCCUAAACUUCAACCUCAAGGAUUGUUAUGGACAGAUAAUUGGGUAUUCUCAGGUGGACAGAAUGGCCAGUUUGUACAAUAUCCAUGUGCGCACAGGUUGCUUCUGCAACACCGGGGCCUGUCAGUCCUUCCUCGGGAUCACCAAUCAGCAGAUGAGGAGAAACCUGCAGGCUGGCCACGUCUGCGGAGACUGCAUCGACCUGGUGGACGGCCAGCCGACCGGAUCUGUACGCGUGUCCUUUGGCUACAUGUCAACAUUUGAAGACUGUCAAAAGUUCCUGAACUUUGUUGUUGAGUGCUUUGUAGAGAAACCAGUCACAGUGGACCAAGUGAGAAUAGAGAAGCUAAAAACAGCCACAGCAGCAUCCCAGGAUGUAAAUGAAUAUCCAAUCAAAAUCCCUAAUGGAGAAAUAUGUAAAGUAGAUGAGAAGGAGAGCCCUACAGAAGUAUUACUGAGGGGAUUUGGACACAGAGACUCAAACAGCCACGAGGAAGCUUAUACUCUGACCAACAUCUACAUAUAUCCCAUAAAAUCAUGUGGAGCCUAUGAGGUCAACGACUGGCCGGUGGGACCACUGGGUUUACUGUAUGACAGAAGCUGGAUGGUGGUGAAUGGAAACGGCGUGUGUCUGAGUCAGAAGAGAGAGCCGCGUUUAUGCCUCAUUCACCCACAAGUCCACCUGCCCUCAAACAAAUUGCUCCUGCAGGCAUCAGGGAUAGAUACCAUUACGGUUCCCCUGGAAAACAACACUCAAAUGCACACAAGCUAUCGGGUGUGUCAGAGUAAAGUUUGUGGUGACAGGGUGGAGACUGUCGACUGUGGGGAUGAGGCUGCAUCGUGGCUUUCAAACUUCCUUGGACAGCCAUGCCGCCUGAUAAGACAAAGUCCUGAUUUCACCCGAGACAUGAAGAAGAGGCCUAGUGGAGGAACCGAAACAACCACCACCUCAGCGUCCCUCUCCCUGGUAAAUGAAGCUCAGUAUCUCAUGAUCAACCGUGCCAGUGUGGAGCUCAUUCAGAAACUAAUGAGCAGCAGGCAGGACGACUCCGAGGGCGAUCAGCUCCUUGACACACAGAAUAUCAUUAGCCGCUUCCGAGCCAAUUUAGUCAUCGCUGGAGUAGAACCGUUUGAGGAGGAUAAUUGGCCACACUUGAUUAUUGGCAACACUCCAUUCGUGUUUGCAGGUCAGUGUGGAAGGUGUCAGAUGAUUGGAGUAGACCAGGAGACUGGGACCAAAACAAAAGAGCCGCUAAUGUCUCUGGCGGCCUACCGCAAUGGGAAGGUCACUUUUGGUGUGUACCUGACCCAUCAGCUACCAGAAGGCUCCACUAAAGCCAGUGUCCUCUCUGCUGGUUCCCUGAUACAGCCAGAGCCACACCGUUCUUGAAGUAGUCAUCUGCAUCAUCCUCUUUAUUUAUUUUGCUGACGUCUUUGGCCCAAAGACGUCAUUUCUGCGCUGCACAUCCUAAAGAUCACCUGUCAAAACACUGUGGCGAGUUUCUAUAGAUGCUGCUCUUUAAUUUGUCUGUGUGGCUUUUGUCCUCUCAAGUGUCCAUUUCAUACCCAGGCAUUCAGAUUUUAUUCCAUCCAUUUUGAUGGGAAAUUAAUGAGACUUCUGGAUUUAUUUUACCCCCCAAUGGUUACAUUCUUAAAAUGUGUGCAGUAAAGUGUAUUUAAUUGCAUGACAAAAUUAUAAUUUGAAUAUAUUCCUGUUAUUUUAGCCAAAACAUUUCAGGCUUGAUCCAAUAAUCGCUGCUCAUGUUAACCUCCCCACAGUUCUUGCUCUGUUUAUUCCCAUGGAGGCUUAUAUUGCUAUUUAUUCCAAACACACCAGUGCUGUUACUGCUGCCACAAAUCUAUAACAUAUUGCUCCCUGUAAUGGAAAAACCUAGCAGACACUCGGUGCUCAGUGUACGCUCUCAACGUGGUGCAGACUUGGACAUCAGAUGGAACGCCAGAAAAAAAUGUAAUAUCUUAGCCACCAGAAAUAAUGUGCUUAGAGUGACAUGCUUGUACCAGGGGUUCCGCGGAGUCUUAAAGAGUGUAAAAUUUCAAAAUCAAACUUUUUAGACCUGAAAAAGUCUUAAAUUAACUUAAGUAUUGUGUUCUAGGUCUUAAUUUUUCUACGUCCAUGUAACGCUACCUCUAAUGCUCUUUUUUUUUUUUUAAUGUAUUCUGUUGUCUUGUAGUUCUUUCUCUCGCUAGUCCAAAUAUAAUUCCGCUGUAUUACAACUACACACUUUUAUUGCAGCCAAUCAGCUUUCGUGUUAUUGGUGUGACCGUGCGAGUAUCUUUGGGAUUGUACUACAGACAUAAAAUUGAUUUUAUUCUUCAGCUAUGGGGGCUUGAAAAAAACAUUAUUUGGAAACAUUAUUUUAAGAUUCAAAAGAAUCUUUUGUGUUGCUUUAAGAAAUCUAAAUAAACUAAGAUCUGUAGUUUUACCAACUAAACUUGAGAUGCUUAUUAUUAUUAUUAUUUACAUGCCUUCACCUCGUCUCACAUUGACUACUGUAACGCACUUUUCUCCUCACUUCGUAUGUCUGCUUUUGAUCGUCUUCAGUUAAUCCAUAAUGCUGCUCCAAGACCACUCACUAGGUCAAAUAGAAGAUCUCACAUUACCCCUGUUCUUAACUCUUUACUGGCUCCCUGUUGCAUAUAUUGAAUGGAUUCUGUUUAAAAAUCACGCUCUUACAUACGAGCAUUGCAAGGUCAUAUGUGGCUGAGACACAUAUUGGUCAGCACACUCUCUUAAGGUCUAAUGGGUUGUAUUAACUGCCUAGCCCACGCACUUGCUUUAACACCUGUGGUGAUUAAGCUUUUGAGUCCGUAGCACCUAUAAACUAUGGAAUGCUGUGCCUCCACCCAUACGGUGUGCCGUUUCUGUGGAUUCUUUUAAAAAUCCGAUAAAGACAUACCUGUUUGGACUGGCGUUUGGUUGACCUGUGUGCACUUUGUGUAUUAUGUCAUUUGAAUUGUGUUUUUGUUAUGUAUUAUAUUUUCUAUGUUUUUUAUGCCCCUGUAAAGAACUUUUUGAUUGUAUCUGUGAAAAGCGCUUUAUAAAUAAAAUUCACCUACUUACUUCUCCACUGGAACUUAUAGGCCAUAGGAUAUGAAUGACAGCAUUUUCAUACUCAUCAAAGCCUUCAUUUACUCUUGUUCUGGCACAGCAGUCUGCACACUUAAUGAUUGUUGAGGAGUUUUUAAUUGUUUUUGUGAUGUUUUACUUACACGUGUGUGUGUCAUUUUUCUACAGACUUUUUUGUCUGUAAAUAAAUUGAACUAAAA